UAUACUAAAAUAGAUCAAUGGGAAGACAAAUCCACAAACAAAGUAGAUAAACAAUAAAAAAAAGUACUAUUCGCUAUACCAGUUCUAGUUUUCAGUGAGCAGCUGUUCUAUGUUUAUUAUAUUAAUAAGUGGGAAAAAGAAAGUUUAAAAAUAGGGCCCACAAGAAUUAGAAAGUUCAAAAGGAGUUAAGUGAAACCAUACUCUAUAAUAUUUAUAACUGUAUUUGUAUAUACUUUUUGCAUUAUUUCUGAAACGUUGUGCUAAAUUAUUUAUAAAAAAUGGCACAGUGGAUUGGAUAUAUGGUUUCCAUAAGAUGUGCCAAUAAUCUUGGCACUUUCCAAGGAGAAAUUCUUUCUGCCACAAACUCUGUCAUUACUUUGACAAAGGCGUUUUGUGAAGGCUUUCCUUGUAAAGAAAGUGAAGUUCAAAUAAGAGCCAACAAUAUUAUUGACUUGAAACUUAUAGAUAAACAAACAGAUAACUCCGAAGCAGAACGCAGCACUGUUACUAUAGCGAAACCAAUAGCUAAAAGAGCUGGAAGAACACACAGCACUUCAGAUGUUCACAAUGCAAGUUUCAACAAGCUUUCAAAUUCAAAUGGAGGACAUGUCCAUAACAAAACGAAACCCAUUGACAUUGAGAUCAACAACAAGCCUUCUAGCGAAUCUUUGUCUGGUUCUUACAAGAACAACACCCCGAACAAGAGAGACAAAGGCAAAGGAAAAUGGAUAAAGGGGUGGAAAGACGAAGAAUGCUUUGGUUCCCCUCUGGACCAAAGCAACAUCAAUAAAGAUUUUGAUUUCGAGAAGAAUUUGGCACUCUUCAAUAAACAAGCUAUCUGGGAUGAAAUCAAUUCGCAAAGACCGGACUUGGUGAAACCUGGUGACAAUAAGAAGCCAACAAAGUACAGGCACGAUGAGAAUGUGAUAGCGACUUUACCAACGACGUAUCGUCAGAUAACAGUACCUAGGCAAGAUUUUUGUGAGUAUGUUACUGAUGAUGGUCUGAUUAUACCAAGUAUAUCAAGACCAUUAAGGAAGAAGUUGUGGGAAGUGGCAGAUCGAGUAGGGCUCUCUAGUGAGAAACGAAUUGAGUUGAUCGGCAGAGCUGCUACUGAAAUAUCAAUACAGCUUCUUGGGGGUGGUCACAGGUUAAACCCCCAUAAUACCCAUCAGUGGCCAACAGUGGUUGUAUUAUGUGGUCCACACAGACAAGGAGCAAUGGGAGUUAACACUGCCCGACAACUUGCCAGUCACGGGGUUGAGACCAUCGUCUAUACAGUCUCUAUGGACGCCCCCAUUAUGAAAAAAGAAGUCUCCCUCUACAUGCUCACGAAAAACAGGGUUCUGAACCAGGUCUCCGAUCUGCCCAACGUCCCCGACUUGAUAAUCGUCGCCCUCUGCGAAGACACGGAACACCCCAAACACUACCCUCUUCUGGCCGAAUGGGUAAGGAAGAACAAAGCGCCUGUUUUGGCGCUGGAUCCCCCUACAGCCGGAACUCCUGGCAUUACUCCAAAGUUUUCAUUGUUACCUGUCUUGCCACUGCCUCAUUCGUCCAAUAACGGGAAGUUGUACCUUUGCAAUUUGGGUUUUCCUGUCGACAUUUUCAAUGAGGUCGGCAUCAAGUACAAAUCACCAUUCGGACCGAAGUUUGUCAUACCCCUGCAUCCGAGGGACGAAUGACUUUCUGAAGGAAUUUCAUAGUUAUUUUGACGAUAACCAUAACAAGGAUCAUGCAGUGAGCUAAUUCAAUUUUAAUUUCUUUUUUUUCAAAUCGCCUCUUUGAGCCCAUUAUAUCUGUUACAGAAUAAAAAAUGAGAAAUUAUUUUGUAAGGGAACAGAUAAUAUACUUAUACCUCUUUCAUUAAA